AGUCUCUCGCUCUCUCUCUUUCUCUCUCUAAUGCCUCUUUUAUUUGAACUGAGGGGCACUGCACUGUAGUUUUAGACCUCUUCACAGCUGUGUACCAACCGAGUCAUUCAAAGGCCUACAGGACACAAAGAAGCAGGUCAUCAGAGAUAUGAAGUUUCUGCCAAUACUAAGACCAGCAGCUGGUUUGACAUCAUGCAGACCAAGCAGACAUAUUUCCCAUCUGCUGUGCUUGGUGGCUUAUCUGAGUUGUGUGACGUCGCUCAACAUUCCCCCGAUGACGCCAAACCUGCGCUCCGCUUUCUCUGCCACCCGCAGCAGCAGCGUUCUGGGUGCCAGUCAGCGAGCUGUGACCUUUGACCGCCUCUUGCUUAACAUUGGCGAAGACUUCAACCCUGACACAGGCACCUUCCGAUGCCGCCUGCCUGGCGCCUAUUACUUCGCCUUUACAGUAGGAAAGUUCCCAAAGAAGAUACUGUCAGUCAUGCUGGUGAAGAAUGGGCUGGAGGUGCAGGCCAUGGCGUAUGAUGGAUACCGAAACCACGGACGGAAGAUGCAAAGCCAGAACAUAAUGAUCAGCCUGAAGCCGAUGGAUACAGUUUAUCUUCUUCUGCAGGAAAAUCAAGAUUAUGCUAUUUACAGUAACAUCGGACCAUACAUCACCUUUAGCGGUUAUCUUGUCUACCCAGACUCCACAUCAUCUGUCGGAUAUCUCAAUAACCACCUGUCUCCUCCAGACCUUCAUCUUCCAGGCUGUCCUCCUUUUACUGAUACCCAGUAUGAUUGGAAAAGACGAAGAAGGAUUGGCGAGGAACCGCGUUCUGCAUUUUCAGUUGCAAGAACCACAUCAGUACUGGGAGAAAGCAAAGGCCGUCGUGAAAGAGAAGCUCUUACGUUUGAUGUUGAGUAUGUUAACAUAGGCGGGCAUUUCAACAAAACAUCUGGACAUUUCACCUGCUAUUUCCCUGGUGCUUAUUACUUUGCGUUCACUGUUGGGAAACACCCUCGUCGGGCGGUUUCGGUGAAGCUCAUGACAGGCAGAGGCGAGGUUCGGGCCAUGGUGUUUGAUGAGGAUUUGUCGAGACGAAGAGAGAUGCAGAGUCAGAGUCUGAUGUUGUCAUUGAAAAGAGGAGACAGCGUUUGGCUGUACAGUCAGCAGGAUGACGGAUUCGCCGUUUACAGCAAUCAAGGACGUUACACAACCUUCUCUGGGUUUCUGGUCUAUCCUGAUUUCCACCAAUAUAUGGGCAUGGACAGAACUUUCCCCUGAGAACCACUGAGAAGUCAGCCGCAGUACUGAAUAAUUCAUAGACAUAGCUGUACUUUUAACCUUCUGUUUUUGUACUAAAUCUGUUUCGCCAGUUUUCGUGACAUGGUGCUAAUACACAUGAUGUAAAUACUGUAUAAUAUAAAAGAUACCAAAUAACUUUCAUUAAUGACUUGGUCCCACUUUAUAUUAAGUGGCCUUAACUAAUACGUACUUACACAGGAAUUAAUAGUUUGUUACAAUGUACUUAUUGUGUAAAUACAUGUAUUUACUGUGUACUUAUGCAUGAAUAAUACCUGUAUGUAACUACACCUGUAAUUAUCUUCUGUAAUUACAUUUGUAAAUACACUGCUGACCAUCCCUUACACCUUAACCAACCCUUAAACCUACCCAUACCACCAAACCUGUUCAUAACCCAACCCUCUAUCCCAACUUAAGAGCACCACAAGUGUACUCAAAUACAUUUUGAACGCAGUAAGUAGAUUGUAUUUAUUUUUUGAUACAAGUACAUAGUAGUUAAGGACACUUAAUAUAAAGUGGGACCAAUGACUUUAACAAACACUAUCGUCCCACAAAGCAAAUGGACUUGGAGCAAAUGUGGCCUCAUUAUGGCACUGCUGUUAGAAUGUUGCUGGCAAUGGCAUGCACAAUGUCAGCUGAAUGUGGGCCAUGCAUGGCAAUGAUGGCACUGCAUGCAUGACGGCAAACUACAUUUGGGCCAGUUUUGGAUGGGAGGUGUGUGGCCCAGAUCAGUGUAGCAAUUGUUCACAUUGUUUAGGUAACGUUAGGCUGGGUUAUGGCUCAGUUUUUGGGGUUUCUGGUUAAAUGGUGGUGUUGAUAUGGUUAACUUAUAGCUGAUUAUCAGUACCAAUAAUAAACCUGUUUUGGCCCAGUUCAGGGUAAUAAACUGAUUGAGAUUCAGGCUGGUUAUGGCCCAUGUGUGGUCCUUGUCUUUAACCAGUUAUGGGCCACUUCGGGACCAUCAUUAUUUGCGGUACUUGGGCUGAAGAAAAAGUUAUUGUGUGGCCCGGUGCUGGACCAGAAAACAUUUGCUAUGUGGGGUGUUAAGUGUAUAUGGUUAGCAGAUCAGACUGAAUGUGCUCAUAUUUGACUGUAAAUUAACUACUGGUCUUACUUAUAAAUGAAAGAUUUUAUGAAUGUUUAUCAAGCUGUAUUUGUGUGACUGAUUUUAGUGUACUAUCAUGUAUACUGAGUUUCACAAGUAGUAUUUAACACAUAUUAUAAAAUGCCCUGGGUCUUCCUUUUCCUUGUUAUUUUUUUUUCGCAUUAAACUCAUUUAAAUAAAGUUGAACUUAAUUUCUAUUGUUGUCUGGUUUUGCCUAUAUAUCGUGAGAAUCAACAGUGGUCAAGUGUCUUUGUUUAAUUAAUAACUCCAAAAAAUUAAAUAUAUAAUUCAUAGGGUGACACUGUGACUGAGUGGUUUGCACUGUCGCCUCAGAGCAAAAAGGUCACUGGCUCGAGC